AUGGAGAAGCCGCUAUCCCAUCGCCCUAAACAGUCCCUGAGCAUCCCGGAAGAGAGGCGAUACGUGUAUAAGCCCCUUGGCGAAAACAAGUGCGUUCGGUUUCUCACUCUCCAGCCAGGGUCAGGUUCUGACCCUUUAGUCGGGGGCCUCGAAUUCGGGAGCCUCGAUCCGGCGGACAUUGAACAGCUCCCCCCUUAUGAAGCAAUAUCGUACGUCUGGGGCACUAGUGAUCGUCGCUUCGAGCUCGUAUGCGAUGGCGCCGUCCUGCCUCUGACGCAGAGCAUUCGCGAUGCGCUGAUGCGGGUUCGACUGCCGGAUCGGCCCCGCCGACUAUGGGCGGAUCAGAUAUGCAUUAACCAAGACGAUAUUGCGGAGCGAAGCCAGCAGGUGAAGCUUAUGAAUGCAGUGUAUAAGAAUGCUAGCAAGGUGCUUGUGUGGUUGGGGCGGGAUCUGGACGGAGUGGCUGCGGAUGCAGUGCGGAUGGUACAUCAUCUCGAUGGUGUAUUUAAAGAUGACGAGGCUCAUGAAAAGUUCAAAGUUGAUCACGAGGAGAAUCUGCCGAUGCAGAGCUCGGAACGUUGGGUCCCUUUGGCGAAACUAACCAAGCUGCCCUGGUUCCACCGAAUAUGGAUUGUUCAAGAGAUUGGAACCACUGCACCGGCAACUCUGUAUUGGGGCGACACAGAGAUGGAUUGGGAUAUGCUCUCGUUUGUCGCCGGGAUACUCAAUGAGAGAUACCAUCACCUACGUACGCGGUUCUUCAUUGGCACUUCCAACAUCCGCUACCUUCACAAACGCUUCGUCGAGCCAGAUGUUGAAUACGACCAGUUCCACAACAGAGGUAACUUUGCAUACGAGCUUCACCGCGCGAGGCACCUUCUUGCACAGGACCCUCGAGACCACGUGUAUGCCUUCCUGGGGCACUUUUCCAUCGGCAAGGGCAGCGAGGAGCUCCAGGGUCUCGAGGCAGAUUACUCCAAGAGCAUAGGGGAAGUGUUUUUCGAUGUCGCAGUGAGAGGCCUACGUGGAGCCGACGAUCUCGUGAUGCUAGCGGCGACACAUCACAGCCGAUCCGACGGGAAGAGGCGAGCGCCGGGAAACGACCAAGACUUGGAUUUGCCAUCAUGGGUUCCUGACUGGAGAGACCUGCCGAUGCAUAUUCUCGGAUCUCCCGCGGUGCCGCAUCGAGCUUCGAAGGACACCAAGCCGGACCUGACCAUUGAUGAGGAGGCCCGGAUCUUGCAUGCUAGGGGCGUCAGGGUCGAUGUUGUGGAGAGGCAUUCGUGGACGAUUUACGGGACGGCGUUUCAGGUGAGGCACGACGAUCAGAAACAAAAGAAGAAGUGGUGGAGAUACCUCCUCUGGAAGCAAAUCUGCGGCUACCAAACCUUUACCCUCUCACGCAUAUACCCCCCCUUUCUCAAGGACGCCGCCACAUCUCCAUCUCCAUCUCCGUCCACCCCCACGACUUCGCAGGACCACCACAAGUCCGCCUUCUUCGCUCUCAUCCAGACCCUCACCAACGCCUGCACAGGCAUGGACCGCACGCGUGCCUACUCGUCCAUCUCCCCCGACGAAUGGCUCGCCAGCGGAGCGGCCUAUCUCAGAGCAAACUCCCUCUCCGUGUCGUCGCACACCCCCAUCUCCCCCGCCAUCCACGCCCUCUCCCUCACCGGCGACCCCUUCAAAUGGAGCCACGAAGCGACCCUCAUCACCCGCUACCGCCGCUUCGCCGUCACCCGCAACGGCUACUUCGUCCUCGGGCCCGACGCCCUACAGGAAGGAGACGUCGUGGCCGUGCUGCGCGGCGGCAAGACUCCCUUCCUGCUACGCGAGGUAACUGACGACGACGGUGGCAGUGGCUGGAUUCUCGUCGGCGAGUGCUAUGUGCAUGGGUUGAUGAAUGGGGAGGGCUGGGAUGUGGAGGGGGUGCAGGAGGAGGUGUUUUCGAUACGGUAG